GAGCCCGCGGCCGCACGCCCCACGAAGCCGCCAGCCGACGACUACGAGCGGCGGCGGCGGCGGCGCCUCGGCUCCCCUGAUCUCCCCUUCCGGAAUGGACGGCCAGGCUCCACCUCUCCUCGAGGCCGUCGCGCCCGAGCCCCUUGCAGUCGCCGACGAGCUCCCGCCGCCGCCGCCUCUCGAGGUGGAGGACGCCCUACCCCUGGGUAUAGACGGCCAGGCUCCGCCUCUCGACGGUGUCUCGCCGGAUCCCCUUACCGUGUCCGACGAGGUGCAGACGCCGCCUUCGCCGACGGGCGAGGCGGAGGACGCCCUGCCAGUCGCGCCCGACGCCGUCAACGCUGCCUUUUCGGCGGUCCCCGACGCUGGCACCGGUGGCGUCGUGCUCACCGACGAGCUCCGCGACCAGAUCGUCAAGCAGGUGGAAUACUAUUUCAGUGAUGAGAAUCUUCCUACCGAUGAGUUCCUGUUGAAAUAUGUGAAGAAGAACAAGAAGGGCUUUGUUCCUAUUGAGACUAUCGCAUCUUUUAGAAGGAUGAAGAAACUCGUUCAGGACCUCUCAGUAAUUGCAGCUGCACUCAGGACAUCACGAAACCUGGUUGUAAGUCCAGAUGGGAAAAGGGUCAGGAGGUUACAUCCAUUGCCACAGAAUGAAUUAAAAGAUCCAAAGAAAAGCACAGUUUUGGUGGAAAAUCUACCUCCAGACUUCUCCAUGGAGAGUAUACAGGAAAAAUUUGGUAGAGUCGGCAAAGUUGUGAACAUAACAGUUAAUGAUCCAGAAUUAGUGAAAGAAUCUUCAACCGCCAAGAAGCCUGCAUUCAUUUUAAGUAGUAAGGUUCAUGCCCUUGUUGAGUAUGAAGCAGUGGAGGCUGCUGAGAAGGCUGUUACUACCUUAAGUGAUGAGAGCAACUGGAGAACUGGGAUGAAAGUUAGGCUUAUCUCAAAGGGAUCAGCAAAGCAUAGCAAAUCUUCAAAAGAAAAUCAGGAUACAGUUUCCAAAAAGAACAAUCAGAAUCAGCAUUCAAAAGAAGACCAGCAAACAAGCUCAGAAAAGAACAGCAUUGCUGAUUCAAUGGAGAGUACUAAGGACAAGGAAAAUUUGAACUCCGCAUUCACCACUGAGACUGAGCACCAACACCAAAAGCAAAAUCCUAAAGGUGCACGAAAAGGCCGGUACAAAGGUCAAGGUCAGAUUCAGCAAAAUACAGACAAACAAGGAAGUUCUGGUUCUGAGUCAUUAAACAGGCCUAUUCCUGGACCAAGAAUGCCAGAUGGAACAAGGGGCUUUACAAUGGGGCGUGGUAGACCUCUUCCACUACAGAAGUCUGAGAGGGCUGAAGAGUAGAGCUACCCAAAGAGGCCUGCUAAAAACCUAACCGAAGACAUUUGUCCAAAUCCGUUUUGUACAAAAAAAAACCUCGCAUGAGAAUAUCCAAGCUCUUUUCUGCAUGAGAUGCAGCACGGAAGAAAGGGAAUGACUUGUACAGAGCCGCAGUUUUGUGUGGGAUCUUUCUUAAUUCACUUGUUCGGUGGUUCGUUCUGGGGAAAUUCGGUUUUGCGACUGUUGAAGCUGCGCUUGCGUUUCUGAAGUACCCUUUAAUUGUGAAUGAAAUGACAGUUAAACCUUGCU